AUGAUCAGAAAGCAGAAUAUUGAAAAUAAGAAUGACAGAAAAGAGAUUAAUGGUGAUAGAAUAAAUAGGAAUAUUUUUGAGGAAGAAGAAGAUGAUGAGAUUAUGAAUGAUAUAGAAACAGGGGAUAAUGAUGUUGUAGUGUUAAAUACAGAUGAAGAAGAGGAAGAAGUGAGGAGCGUUAAAGAAGAUGAUAUUAAAGUUAUUGAAGAGGCUCCCAAAGAAGAAGGAAAUGAUGAUAAAAAUAUUAACGCUGUGGAAAAUCCGGAAGUAAUUGUUGUUGAGGAUGAUGAGAUAAUUGUUGAUUUUGUUAAGAUAAAUAAAGAGGAAAGUGUUUUGGGUGAGGAGGAGAAUGUUUUGAUUGAAAAGGAAAUGGAAAAAAGUUUCCAGGAAAGCUUUAUCGAUGCAAAUUUGGAAUUUGGUAAUGUAUCUAUAGAGGAAAAAGUAGCAGAAAUUGUAUUGAAACAUUCAAAUAUGGAAUAUGCCAAAUUAGCUUCAAGUGAAGCAACUUUAGAAAGAAUAAACCAAUCACUUCAACUGAUCAAAAUGUAUGGUCAAGAGAAAGAUAUAUUUGUGGAAUGUGUUCUAAAAAUUGUUCAAUGUGCUUCUGUUGAGGAAAAAGUUAUUGUGCCGCCUUUGCCAAUUACAAAUUCCCUUGAGGGUGAGGGAAGAAAAUAUUUGAAGAAUUGGAGUAUAAAUUUGUUUGAAUUCUAA